AUGCAACCUUUUUCCGUUUAUUUAAACCCUUUUUUUGGUUGUCAGGUUUUGGUGGAGGAGACAGCAAAUGUUAGAACAUUCAUAUUAAAUAGGCCUAACCAGUUGAAUGCUCUUUCUUUUCAAAUGAUAUCUAGGCUGUUGGAACUUUUCCAUGCUAGUGAAGGAGAUUCAAAUGUGAAGAUGAUAAUAUUGAAGGGAAAUGGAAGGGCUUUCUGUGCUGGUGGAGAUGUUACAGCUGUUGUCAAUAAUGUUCGCCAGGGUAACUGGAAACUGGGUGCUGAUUAUUUCCGUGAUGAGUUCACCCUUAACUAUGUGAUGGCAACAUAUAGUAAACCCCAGGUUUCCAUCCUUAAUGGAAUUGUCAUGGGAGGUGGACUUGGUGCUUCUGUACAUGGUAGAUUUCGAGUUGCAACAGAGAAGUCGGUUUGUGCUAUGCCCGAAACAGCUCUGGGACUCUUUCCUGAUGUAGGUGCCUCUUACUUUUAUUCGAGGCUUCCUGGAUUCUUCGGGGAAUAUGCUGGUCUUACUGGUGCUAGGUUGGAUGGUGCUGAAAUGCUUGCUUGUGGUCUAGCAACUCAUUUUGUACCCUCGGAGAGGUUGCCAUUUUUAGAACAAGCACUAGCUAAAGUCAAUACGAGUGAUCCAGAUGUUAUUUCUGCCAUCAUUAGUCGCUUCUCUAACAUACCAAAGUUGAAAGCAGAAAGUCCUUAUCACAAGAUGAAGAUUAUUGAUCGCUGUUUCUCUCGAAGAACAAUCGAGGAAAUCAUAUCUUCUCUUGAAAAUGAGGCUUUGAAAAAGAAGGAUGACUGGAUCUCUUCAACCAUCCAAUCGCUGAAGAAAGCAUCCCCAACAAGUCUUAAAAUUUCAUUGAGAUCAAUAAGAGAAGGGAGGCUGCAAGGUGUUGGUAGUUGCCUUAUUCGAGAGUACAGGAUGGUUUGUCAUGUGUUGAGGGGAGAAUUUAGCAAGGAUUUUUUCGAGGGAUGCAGAGCCAUACUCAUCGACAAGGAUAGAAAUCCUAGGUGGGAGCCCUCCAGACUGGAAUUAAUUAGAGAUGAUGAUGUUGACCGUUAUUUCUCCAAGAUAGACGAUGAAGAUUGGGAGGAUCUAAAGCUGCCUCCAAGAUCAAACUUGCCUCCAUAUGCAAUUGCCAAGCUUUAAAAUCGACUCUGAAGAUCUUGCAAUACUCUACAGCAUGUUGCACUCUGAUCACUAUUUCAUUAUGAAGGCACAAUAAUCAUUAAAAUUGUAUUACUUUUAUUGGUAAGUGGUACACGAAAUAAAUGCACAUCAUUCCAUUGUAUGAAAUGCCAAAAAUCAAGCUUAAGGAAAGAUACAUUACUAUACAAUACUUGCCAGAUAGUUGUGUAUACAGAUAUACACAUUAUUCCAUUGAAUUGAGAUGUCAAAACUCAAGCACAAAGGCUAGAUUGUACAAUACUAAAUAAUUGUGUGCCUCUUUGUAUUCAGAGAUAAUGUAUCGAUCUUAGUUUAUUGCAAUGCAAGAGCUUGUGGAUUA